AUGAUACGACGAGCUCUACUGCUUCGCGACCAUAUCGAGCGACUCGUUGCCCACCAUCGAAUCGACUUCGAACAGAACAAGACCAAGAGGGGCGGCCCUAAGAAGUCACUUACAUUGCCCUUUAUUUGCCAGCCAGAGAACCAGCUAUCCGAUAAGGACUGGGAGGUGGUCGAAUUAUUUGCGCAAAUCCUUGGUUACUACGAAGCCACGAUCAAAAUGCUUGAAGGCGACGGCCAGAUCCGCAAACGGAAGCGUGGGUGGACUGGGUCAUAUGGCAAUAUUUGGGACGUUAUUCAAGGCUUCGAAUUCCUUCUCGAGCAGCUUGAACGCUUCAAGGAUAUCGCGAAGGACUUCCUUGAUCCUGAACACUUUAGGAUCAACAUCAAUUUGGGCUGGCAGAAGUUGAAUGAGUACUACGAGAUAUUGAGCCAGACGCCCAUCUACUACACUGGCCUAGCGCUCCAUCCGGCAUACCGAUGGAAAUGGUUUGAACGCAACUGGACUGACCGCCCUGAGAGGAUUGACGAGGCAAAAAGCAUGGUUCAUGAUGUCUGGCGUUUUGAGUAUCGGGAGGCCGUAUUGCCUGGAGAGGAGCUAUCAGCCGUUGAGCCAGUUCCCAAGCAGCGGAAGUCUUCGGACAAUCCGUUCCAAGAAUACCUUAAACGAAACCGCUACACAGCACCAGAAGCAGGCCACGAUGGCCUCACGCCAGGCGAAGACGAAUGCCUCCACUGGAUUACGCAAUCCUUAUCCUGA